AUGAGUGGGCAGAGGUCGGGUUUCAAGAGAUUGGAAUCGGAACUGAGUCAAGAGACAAAGCCGCUGAAGUUGUUGUAUGCCAUCAAGAACAUCAUGUUUGACGAGUCAACUUUUGAACUCAGCUUUCAGGAUGGUAUAAGAGCCUCGUAUUCCAUCCUCGGUUCCCAUGCUCAGUUGACUUAUCGAGCCCAGGGCAGUGACGUGGUGCAUGAUGAGCACAUGUUCCGCAGCCCCGCUGUCCUCAGCCCUGUCAUGAACUCCGCGACGAUGCAUGAGGCUCUGAGUGCUGGCCCCGGAGGAUUUGCACAGACUUUGCGAGGCAACAUAGGAUUUCUGGCUACUAUCACUACAUCAGAUGCUCAUGCCGCCAACAUACGACUUCUGAAAUUUGUGGACCAGCAGUUGGAGCCAAACCAUUUCUUCAUCCCCAAUCUUUGCCUACAACACCGUGUGGGCAAUAUCAUUGAGCAGCUGACAAAAUUCCUUGGUAAUUUGGGUGGGAACUUUUCGAUUUCGAAGGUUCUCAACAAGGGUAACUUGCUCAAGGCUUUGAGGAAGAAGGCUGGUGCCAGCUUGAGAGAGAGGUUGUUGGUGCUUGAGGAGACACCACCUGCAGUCAUUGAGGAGUGGUGUCAAGCCCAAGAAAUUGCCCAAGAUAUGGUCGAUCUUUGCCUGAGCUUUCACGAAGCUGACCCCGCUCGCUCAGGGACACACCGGGAAGCCUUUCAGCGGUUCAAGAACUUCUUUGCUGGUCCGUGGACAGGUCGCAGCGAGGCCGCAAAAAAGGCUGCGGUCUCUGACCUGGGCAAGGCACUCGUGACGGACAGCUAUGGCAUUGGGGCCUCUGGCCAGAUCGACAAGCUGACCGAGAAUGGAAUCAGCGGGAUUCUGGCAGCCUCUUCGCACCCUCCUGUGGUGCGGGACAGCAGGAUCGAGCAUCUGGGCGUCUACGAUGGCACAGGUGCAGCUUGCGGCGAUCUGGACCCCGGGCUGCUGGUGGGUGUCUUUAAUCGCAUCCUCACCCUUUUGGCCAGCGGUUCCAAAGUGCUCAUCAGCUGCAAGAACGGGGCACACCGUUCGAGCUUUCUCAUGGGGCUUUUCCUGAUAUUCUUGACUGGUGCCCAGGCAGAUGAUGUCGAGCAGUAUCUUCAGCAACUUCGUGCCAUCGUUGAUUUGAACACGUAUGCUCCGGAAUCCAAGUGGAGCAAAGGCCGGGACCGGAUCAAGCCAAUCCAGGCCCUCAGGCAGAUGCACGAGUUCUUCUCCACCCAGGGAGUCCGCUCUCUGAGCAGGUUGACCCGACCAGCUCAGGACGCUUUGGGCUUCAGCGAGGCCUAUGAGAGCAGGCCCAGCCUCAACUGCCUCAUGAACCCGGCUGAGUUUCAAUCUCUGGCCGUUUCGCUUGGGUGGGUUGCCGUGGUUUCCCUCUCCGAGGUGGGCAGGGAUUGGCGCGACUUGGGCAAUACGACCGAUGAUGAGCGAGGGUCGUUGUUCAAGUUCAAGGAUGCCACAGGGCGCCCUGUCAUGAAGCCCAAGCCCAAGGAGCGUCCCAGGAAGCGGCCCAGCGCGGAGGCAGCCAGCUCUUCUGAGGACAAUGCUGCAGCGUCGUGGUACAACAUCGCCAGCUCAGAAGCAGAACAGGCAAGUGGUUUGUCCACGGUGGAGUCCUUUGACAUGGUCUCGAUUGCUUCCAGUGGUGGGUCUCAGACCAAGCGUCCAUCCCGAGCCCAAUCUGCUGAAGGGCGGUUUCAGACCAGGGUGCCAGAGCCGCCGCAAGGACCACCGCCUGCUCGGUCCCGAUCAGGAUCUGCUAAAGGGCGGUCUGAGACCGGGGUGCAAGAGCCGCCAGGACCACCGCCUGGUUGGUCCGGAGCAGAGUCUGCUGGAAGGCGGUCUCAGACCGGGGGCCCAUCUCCAGCAUCUUCGCGGGCACAGUCGGAAGGUGCUCGUCCCCGUGCUUCCUCCAGCGGUCCCAAAGUCGCUACCCCAGCUGGAUCUGCGGUGGGAACUCCCAGGACUGGCUUUGUCCAGGAGGAUUUCGAGAUACUCAAGGCCAUGGUGGAAGAGUUGGGCAACUUGGGUCGCCAAUUGGCUGGAAGCAAGAAGAGCUCGCCUGCUGCAUCCCUUGGUGACAAUGACAAUGAUGGCAUUGGCAACGACGACACAGCGGCAGCAGGUGAGUCCGAUGUGGACUGGGGGGACGAUGCCCAGGAUGCUUCCAUGGGCAAAACGUGCCUCGACAUCGCGCUGAAGUGCAGCCUGGAUGUCGCGAACUAUUUGACCUGGUGGGAGGCACCGUCGUACCAUCCGCCGCCCGAGCCGUGGGAGAAGGCCAAGCAACACCGACAGCCGGCUCAUGUCUGUCGCAACGGAUGCUGCCAGACGGCUGAGGAGGCCAGGGGCAAGGCCGAGGGCUUGUUCAGCGAGUGUCUUCUUCGGCCAAUUGCUGUUCCUGCUUUAAACAAGUGGACGAAAGUGUUUCCAUGCAUUGGUGCCUGCGUCCUCUUGGCGUCCUUCAGUGAUAUUGGCCAGCAAGCAUUCCAGCAGCAGUUUGGUAACCUGGGUCCCGAAGCGCUCUCAGAGCAGGAAAACUCUGGGGAUGCAGAAGAUGAGGCUUUGAAGGUACCAAUCAAUGAGGUCGAACGGUGGAAGAAGCUGGCCAGGAAAAGAAAUGCCAAAGCCCAGCGGUUCCUUUGUGAUGACGAUUCCCGCUUUGUCAACAUGUUGUGGCUGCACAUUGGAGCUCCAUGCAUGAGACUACACUGGAUUCUGUUCAAGACUUGCACUUGGUUUUCAGAUCGGCCUAAGGUCAAUGAUUCCGCCAAUGGGGUAGAGGUGCCUCUAUCCCUUGGUCAAUUCUGCUCAGCCCGCAAGAACCCUGGCUACAAGGUAGUUGCUGAUCUAUUUCAGAAAGGAGUGGCCUCAGGCCAGGAAACGCAUUGCUUUGAGGUCCACAUUUGUGACAAUAGGACUGUGUUUGCACGAGAGCUAUUCAAAGCAUCGCCUUGUUGUUUGGAUUCAGGUUGUAAUGCCAAAAUUCGAGCCAGCAUGGAUGAGGCUUCCUGCCUUGAGCAAGACUUCCGUGAUUUCUUACACACCACAUUUGAAAGGAUCGUGUUGACGUCCACGUUCAUAGAACGUAAGUUCUCUCAUUUCACCCAUUGGACAGAUGUGAAGGGCAAGGGGUCAUCUCUCGGUGCUUUGGCUGCGAAGCAUGUGACUCGGUCCUUCAAGGAUGCUGUUGAAGUUUGGAAGCAGCGUAGGUUUGGUGAAGAGUCGUGUCAGCCUCAGAACAAGAGUCGUCCCUCUUGGCGCAGAAAGGACGAAACAGCAGCCCGACUCAAUGGUUAUCACAUGUUCCUGAAGGAGACAAGGGCAGCACGAACGAAGCCUUGCAGAGGGGCUGAGGAGGCCGAAGUGUUCUUGAAACAUUCAACGGAGCAGUGGCAGAAUUUGACACGCCAGCAGAAGCAGGUCUGGGGCCAACGGGCAAAAGAGCACAAUGCCCGGAAAGCAGCACUAAUCCUUGCCGAGGCCCAGGAAAAACCGCCUGACCUUCCAGGGGGACCCUGGAACAUGAGCAUCGUUUCCGAAAGGUGGCCGUUGUCGGAAUCAUAUCUGGAGGACUUUCUGGGUUCUUUCGAUGCCAAUGGCUUUGCCGAAGCUCGAGAUCGAUGGAAUCAG